GCACUUUGUGCCUUCAGGACCCCUUGGUACUAUCCCGACGGCCGCCCUCGAGUUUCCUAGGCAACAGCAUGCAACAAACAUCGAUCUCGCUCACACCAUCCAGCGGAUGAUCUCCUCUUGAUGGCUACCAAAGUGCUGCCUGCAGAAUUUGAGGGAAGGGGCAAGAUAAACGUGAACGUAGACGGCAUUGAGAUAUCGUCAUGUUUCGAUUCCGGAAAUCUGGAUCGUGUUGAGCCUGGUCAAGCUCAGUUUGAGUACAAUCUGUGGACAGCACCAGACUGUGUUGGAACAUCUCAUGAGAAUGGAAACAGAACAUGGUUUCAUUUCAAUGUGAAGUUCCCACAGGGCAACAUCAACAAGAGGAUGAGGUUUCACAUACGCAAUAUGAAUAAGCAGUCAAAGCUUUAUCAGCAGAGAAUGGUACCAAUGUUUAGAGCAGUUCCUGGAAAAGCGAACUGGGAAAGGCUAAGGGAGAUUGUUAACUGGGAGGUUGGUGAAGAAGGGCUAAUACUGACCUUUGAGUACACUGUACCCACCAGCCAUUCUCAUAAAGUGUACUUUGCGUUUUGCUACCCAUUUUCAUAUUCAGACUGUCAAAAGAAACUCUGUGAUUUGGAUCAAAAGUAUGGCUUAGGGAAGCGAACUCUUUACUAUCACAGGGAACUGCUAUGCUAUAGUCUUGACGGCCGAAGAAUUGAUCUACUAACCAUCUCUUCACUGAAGGGCAUAAAAGAGAGCAGAGAGCCAAGACUAGAGGGUCUUUUCCCAGACAUGGACACACCUAGAACCCACAGCUUCAGAGGGAAAAAGGCUGGUUUUUUCAUGGACAUGUAGAAAACAUUUUGGCGCCUGAGUUGUCUACAGUUCAAAUCUUGCUGACAUCAUGUAUGCUACUGCCAGACUGGUGUUGGUGUAGAAUAGCAACGUGACUGAGAAAAUCCACUUGUUGCUGCUGUGUAGGUGUGCCUUCUGAUCCCCGACAUCUCCCCCCUCAAGUGAAGGGGAGCUUAGGAUUCUUUACUACUACAUUAAAGAGUCCUGCAUAAUUUUAAGGUCUGCUCAACGUUGAUGUCCAAGUCACAUGCAAAAUAUCCGAGGUUCUACACUAUUAUAAGAGCUUCUUAGAUCAACGACAGGUAGCAUAAGGUGUGGAAGCUGUGCAUAUUGCUAACCUUCACGUGCAUUUUUUAUCUUCCUCAGGUAUUCCUGGUAAGCAGCAGGGUACACCCAGGGGAAACUCCUGCUAGUCAUGUAUUUAAUGGCCUAUUGGAUUUCCUCCUGUCAGAAGAGGAUAAGAGAGCUGAAGCAGUGCGUAACAAUUUUGUGGUGAAGAUGAUUCCGAUGCUGAAUCCAGAUGGUGUUGCCCGUGGACACUAUCGUACAGAUACUAGAGGAGUGAAUUUAAACCGUGUUUAUCUUGAUCCUGAUCCUCAACUACAUCCAUCAAUAUUUGCAGUUAAAAGUGUAAUGUUGCAUCAUCACCAUGGAAGUUCAAAUGGCUUGCUGAGACCUCGGCGUACUUGUACUAAUGAAAAACAACAAAAGAGAGGUGGAAGUGCUAAGUCAAUUUCACGGUCACAUGUAAAACGCAGCAGAAGUAAAACAUAUCCCCUUGACAGCUACUGCUUGGAUUCUCUAACUCCAAAGGUGACUGGUACCUGCCAAACCAACUCAGAGCAUAGCACUAGUAGUGAGGGUGGAGUAGAUGUGUACAUUGACUUGCAUGCUCAUGCAACAAAAAGAGGAUGCUUCUUUUAUGGGAACUUUCUAGAAGAUGAGCAACAACAAGUGGAGAACAUGCUGUAUCCUCGACUUGUGGCUCUCAACACUCCUCAUUUAGACUUUGAACACUGCCUCUUUUCUGAGAAAAAUAUGUACACUUCCGACAAACGAGACGGAACCAGUAAGGAAGGCAGUGGUAGAGUAGCACUGUACAAAGCAACUGGCCUUGUUCAUUGCUACACACUGGAGUGCAACUACAAUAGUGGAAGACAGUGUAAUGCUCUAAGUGCAGCCACCUGCGAUGAUGGCAGGGCUUCUCCCGCACUACCGUAUUCUCCUAUGCCUCAUAAAUACAGUGUCUCCACUUUCCAGAAUGUGGGUCGUGCUCUUGCUAUAGCUCUCCUGGAUCUACGCAACCUCAACCCAUGUUCUCGGCUCCCAACAAGUGACCCAGGCUCUUUAGCAUCACUGAGAAGUACCCUUGCACUUAGAAUAAAGGCCAGCCGUUCAAAGGGAAGGAAAGAAGCAUCUAGGUAAUGAUCAUUAUCUCUGAAGAAGUUGUGCUUUUCCACUGUAUAUUUAUGAGCAGGGUCGGUAAUGCUCAGUGCUCUUUGCCACUAGUUAAAAGAACUAUAAAAAAUGAUAUGAGACUGAAUGUUGAGAAAGGUAGGGUUGUCUUUUAUAUUUUGGUGGAAAUAACAUAUUAAAAUUUUGCCGCAGAUACAAAAAAGUGUUGGUCAAAACCUUAUGAACACCCUGAUGAUGUUGGAAGGAGCUAUGAAGUGGCUAUUAAAAACGUGGUGCUUUCUAAUUCUAAAUUGAGGAAAGGAGUCACUUCUGUGCAUGGUUCCCAUAGACCAAUGAAGCCAACCUCAACUAAGAACCACAGACUACUACCAAAAAGAUCUAGCUGUGAAACGGAAAGUUACUUGCAUGUCCACAAAUACAAGACUGAAAUGGCAGGAAGACAUGUAACAACAUCACGGAAUAAAGCCAUAAACACUGAUGACUUGAACACAUAGUAUAGUAAUCCAUCAUGUCUAGUGCAAAUGAUAUCAGGCAUAAAAAUAUAAUAAUCCAGGGUCCCAAACAACCAGUCUCUCAGGCUGAAGACUGUCUUAUAAUCUGUUAAAAUGGAAAUUCACAAAAGUUAAAUCUUUUUGGUAGUAGUCUGUGGUUCUGCAAACAGACUAGGACAGUGAAGACUGACGGAACCACUCUUUUGUGAAUUUCCAUUUUAACAAGGCAUAAAAAUGGCAUUCUUCUGAACUAAUCGUCUGUAACAGUU